GCGACGGACAUAGGAAGUGCUCUUCAUUACUUUGCAUGCUGGGAGUUGUAGUUUACUGAGAUCAAGAACAGUUUGUGGCGAUCUGCGCGACACUGCAGUUCGCACUGUUCAGACUUCUGGUCGUCUCCAGACCAUGCUGGGAGCGAGACUGCAGCAUCUGCUGCUGAACAGCGCGUAUGGAAGACGACGUCUGAGUCCCACCAAGCUACCAGCCCUGCUCACACUAGCCUGCAGCCCCUGCCCCUCCUCGCGCCUCCUCCACCAUCGCAGCUUGCACCCAGAAUGGGCAGCCCUAGCCAAGAAGCAGCUGAAGGGGAAAGACCCAGAGAGCCUGCGAUGGCACACGCCGGAGGGCAUUGUGAUAAAGCCCCUUUACACCAAAAGAGACACACAGGAUCUUCCCGAGGAGCUGCCAGGAGUGAAACCCUUCACCCGUGGGCCGUAUCCCACUAUGUACACUCACAGGCCAUGGACCAUAAGACAGUACGCUGGCUUCAGCACAGUGGAGGAGAGCAACAAGUUCUAUAGGGAUAACAUAAAGGCUGGCCAGCAGGGGCUGUCCGUGGCGUUUGACCUGGCCACCCACCGUGGCUAUGACUCUGACAACCCUCGGGUCCACGGAGAUGUGGGAAUGGCAGGUGUCGCCAUAGACUCGGUGGAGGACACAAAAAUGCUUUUCGAUGGUAUCCCGCUGGAGAGAAUGUCGGUGUCCAUGACCAUGAACGGCGCGGUGAUCCCCAUCCUGGCGAUGUUUAUCGUCACGGGACAGGAACAAGGAGUUCCGCAGGAGAAGCUAACCGGGACCAUACAGAACGACAUAUUAAAGGAAUUCAUGGUCAGAAACACGUACAUAUUCCCCCCGGAACCCUCCAUGCGGAUUAUUGCUGAUAUUUUUCAGUACACGUCUCAGAACAUGCCAAAAUUUAAUUCCAUUUCAAUCAGCGGCUACCACAUGCAGGAAGCCGGAGCGGAUGCUGUCUUGGAGCUGGCAUAUACCGUGGCAGACGGGUUAGAAUACUGCCGAACGGGACUAAAAGCCGGUCUUACCAUCGACGAAUUUGCUCCCAGGUUGUCGUUCUUUUGGGGAAUAGGGAUGAAUUUCUACAUGGAAAUAGCAAAGAUGAGAGCUGGCAGGCGGCUAUGGGCACACCUGAUCGAGAAAAACUUCCAGCCUAAAGAGAAGAAAUCUCUUCUUCUGAGAGCCCAUUGCCAGACGUCGGGAUGGUCCCUUACCGAACAGGACCCUUAUAACAACGUUGUCCGGACAGUGAUCGAAGGGAUGGCGGCUGUGUUCGGAGGCACGCAGUCCUUACACACCAACUCGUUUGACGAAGCCCUCGGCUUGCCGACCGUAAAGAGCGCCCGCAUAGCAAGAAACACGCAGAUCAUAAUCCAAGAGGAGUCGGGAAUCCCCAAAGUGGCGGACCCCUGGGGAGGGUCGUACAUGAUGGAGUGCCUCACGGAAGAUGUCUAUCAGGCAGCUCUAAAGCUUAUUAACGAAGUUGAAGAGAUGGGUGGAAUGGCGCGGGCCGUGGCGGAAGGAAUCCCCAAGCUCCGGAUUGAAGAAUGUGCGGCACGAAGGCAGGCGAGGAUCGAUUCAGGUUCCGAGGUCAUUGUCGGUGUGAACAAGUACCAGCUGGAAAAAGAAGAGAGCGUGGAGGUCCUGGCCAUAGAUAACACGGUGGUACGCAACAAGCAAAUCGAGAAACUCAACCAGGUGAAGGCUACCAGAGACAAAGCAGCGGCCGAGCGAUGUUUAGCUGCAAUCACUGAGUGCGCGGCGUCCGGCAACGGGAACAUCCUGGCGCUCGCGGUCGAGGCGGCCCGUGCAAGGUGUACAGUGGGAGAAAUAACCGAUGCCAUGAAGAAGGUGUUUGGCGAACACAAAGCCAGCGAUCGGAUGGUGAGCGGAGCCUAUCGCCAGGAAUAUGGGGAAAGCGAAGAGAUCGCCUCUUCACUGAAAAGAGUCCAGUCUUUCAUGGAGCGAGAAGGACGUAGACCUCGUCUGCUCGUAGCAAAGAUGGGACAAGACGGCCACGACAGGGGUGCCAAAGUUAUCGCCACGGGGUUUGCAGAUCUUGGUUUCGACGUUGACAUCGGACCCCUAUUCCAGACACCCCGUGAAGUUGCCCAGCAGGCGGUAGACGCCGAUGUGCACUGUGUGGGGGUCAGCACCUUAGCCGCUGGCCACAAAACUCUUGUCCCCGAGUUAAUCAAAGAGCUGAGCGCACUUGGACGUCCUGAUAUCCUUGUUGUUUGUGGAGGCGUCAUCCCACCACAGGACUAUGAAUUUUUGUAUCAUGCUGGAGUAUCCAGCGUCUUCGGACCUGGAACCCGUAUACCAAAAGCUGCUGUUCAAGUGAUCGACGACAUCGAGAGAAGUCUGGACAAGCGACAGCAGUCAAUGUGAGGUCGAAUUAGGCGAGGGUCACGUGACUGCCCGGAAUGACGCGAUUGGCCGUAUUUCAGAGGCCUAUUUUAAUACCUGCUUUGUGUUUUAUUCUCCGAGAGGACACUGAAAACCAAAGUAAAGGUUCCAUUAAGUUCUUUUAUAAGAAAUGACAACUUCUGUUCUUUCUGCCUUUCAUAUUGGCCUUUUGUUUCAGAAUUUCGCGUUGAGAUGUUUGAUUGGGCAGUUGAAAUAAAAUAUAAUUAUGUAUAUUUGUGUAUUACAUUCAAAAUAAAAUAUUUCUGAGUA